AUGCGCGCGCUUUGUGCGCUUUUGUUCUGCGAUGUAACAAAAGACUCACUGCUCUCUUAUUACACACACACUCUCACCAUCUUUAAAACAGACAUGCGACAGAUCAUGAAAGAGUUAGUCGUGACCAUCGACGAAGAUCUAGACCCGCAAGAACGGAACAUGCUCUCCGUCGCCUCGAAAAACGAAACGACCAGAAGACGACAACAGUGGGUGUGCGUGCAAACGAAUAUUGGGCAAAUCAAGAGGGAAAAUAUGGGGGAGGAUUUUUUGAACAUCGCGCGGGAGUAUCAAGAGAAAAUCGAGGACGAAUUGAAAGAGAUUUGUAAAGAGACGAUCGAUUUGGUGGAAGGCGUGUUAUUGCCGAGGUUGUUGGGUGGGACGGAACAUUACGAACAACAACAUCAAGAAGAGCAAAAACAAGGAGAACAAGGAGAACAAGGAGAACAAGAAGCACAACAACAACAACAACAUCACGAGUCGCCAAAAACAGUCACCGCGUUACUCUCGGAAGCUUCAAAGGAACACUCGCCUCGAUAUAAAUCAGACCAGAAAAUUUUCUACUUGAAAAUGAUUGGAGAUUAUUAUCGGUAUCUAGCAGAGAUUCAAAGAGGCGAGGCGAGGAUUCCUCACGCGAUGCGUUCGCAAGACGCGUACGAGAAGGCUUUGGAAAUCGCUCGCGACCCGAAAGCCGGAGUGGCGACGACGCACCCGGUUCGUCUCGGCCUUUCUCUAAACUACUCCGUCUUUCACCACGAGAUUCGCGAAGAUACGAAAUCGGCGUUGGAAAUCGCGCAAACUGCGUUGGACGAAGGAUUGGAGGAUUUAGACGCCCUGACCGAUAAUGCGAGAGCGUACAAAGACGCCGCGUUGAUUUUGAAGUUGAUCAAAGAUAACAUUUCGAUGUGGCAAUCGUACACAUCGUCCUCGGAGUCCUCUGGUGGUGGUAAUAAAGAAGAAGAAAACAAGAAAGAGAAAGAUGCGGGAUUGAACGCAGCUCAGGAGCAGCUAUCGAAGACGCGCAUCGAAGAGGAUGACAAAGAAGACGCAGCAGUCACGAACAAAGAAAAUAACAAGGAAUAG